AAUGUAAUCAAAUUCCAGCCCGAAUAAUAGAAGCAUAUUGUGCGGGAACAUGCGAGCGGUGGAAGCGCGGAGGAGCAGAUAACAGAUAGCAAAAGCGACGCCCAAAAAGUGACAGAUAGAAGCGCAAGAAGAAGCUGCAGCAGGGCGCGGGUCUUUGUUGUUCUGUCUACCACGGAUCCACCCUCUCCUACCCCAACCCUCCACGUGCCUGCCACCCCCUUCGACCAUGAGCAGCGCACGGGAUCAGGCGGACCCACCGCUGCUUCAGCUGGAGGACGAGGUGGAUCUCAUCGGAGACUUUGUUAAGGACCAAACGCCGCCUGGCAGCCAGCUGGCCCCGCUCCUCAAUGGCUUCGAGUCGACCACCAACCAGUUGACCACCAAAGUAGAGAUCAAUACCAUUGGCAUGGGCAAACGCAAGACUCGGAGACGAGGCAGAAGGGAACGGGAACCCAUGCUACUGUCGGUGGACGACGACGACGAGGACGAGGAGGAGGUGCCAGAGGAGAGGAACCACACAAACGGCCUGCCUCCAGGCGAGGAGAGUGCCGGGGGCGAUGCCGCAGCUCAGAAACCGCAACUGGAUAAGUUGGUCAUGCUCCACGACGACCAAACAGACGACGACGAAGAUGAAGAUGGCGAGGAAGAAGUGCUGCUCAGGAGGAGCUCGAACUUGCGCAACCAGAGAUUCAAAGGUCGCGCUGACGAGAGCAUCGAAAGCAACGGCCAACAGCCACAGAUCAUUAGUCACAUCGCAUCCGCGAAGGUAGCCACAUCUGCAUCGACAUCGGCAUCUCCGCUGAAAGCCACUUCGCACAUCGCCCUCGCCCGUCACCCGCAUGACGAGGCCGACGACAUCUGCCUGGUGCCAGAAAUCGACUUCGAGGGCAUGUCCACGGACGCGGGCAGCGACAACCGGGAGUCACAGCCGCUCCUCGGAGGAGGCAGUGCCAGCCACGGAAGCCGCAUCAGCGAUCUGCUUGGCGGACUUGGACGCGGGCACGAUCAUGUGGAAUUCGUGUCGAACACAUUUGGCGAUGAUCCACUUUUCUCGGAGAUUGUGGCGAAGGCAGAGGGAGCCAUCGAACAUGGUGUGCUGCCCGAGCGCAUUUACCAGGGUAGCAGUGGUUCCUAUUUCGUCAAGGAUGCCUCCCAUCAAUGCCUGGCUGUGUUCAAGCCUAAGGAUGAGGAACCCUAUGGCAGACUGAAUCCAAAGUGGACCAAAUGGAUGCACAAGCUGUGCUGUCCUUGUUGUUUUGGCCGCGCUUGUUUAAUUCCCAAUCAGGGGUACCUGUCCGAGUCCGGCGCCAGCUUGGUUGAUCGAAAGCUUAAUCUCAAUUUGGUUCCAAAGACGCGAGUGGUCAGGCUGGUGGCCGAGAGCUUUAAUUAUGCCCGUAUCGAUCGCCAGAAGGCCAAACUGAAGAAGCGCAUCAAGGAGCACUAUCCAUCGGCCCAUUUUAACCGAAUGAGCCUUCCUCUAAAGACUGGCUCCUUUCAGCUUUUCGUGGAGGGCUACAAGGAUGCUGACUACUGGCUGCGGCGCUUUGACAGCGAGCCUUUGCCGCCGUCUGUGGCCAAGUCCUUUCAGCUGCAGUUCGAGCGCCUUGUCGUCCUAGAUUACAUCAUUCGCAACACUGACCGGGGGAACGACAACUGGCUGAUAAAGUACGUUGCCCCCAAGAUCAAGGGCCAGGUGAGCGGCACCGGUGGCAGGACUAUGCAAGGUGUCGUGCGUCCCAAAUUGCCCAAUGCCUUAGGGGUUUCGGAAUUCGUUAAUCUAAAUGAGCCGCAGGGAAGUCGGCAUCCAAAGACCGAUGGUGGGGCAGCCACGAAUGGACUGCAUGACAGCAGCAGUCUGCCCAGCAGCGAGGAUGAACCCUCCUCGAGAUCCCCUUCCUCUGAACCCGAAUGGAAUGUGGUGAAUUCGGCCUUUAUUCGAAUUGCUGCCAUCGACAACGGCCUCGCUUUUCCCUUCAAGCACCCGGACUCUUGGCGAGCCUAUCCCUACCAUUGGGCCUGGUUGCCACAGGCGAAAAUUCCAUUUAGCGAAGAAAUCAAGGAACACGUGCUGCCGCAGCUGUCAGACAUGAACUUUGUCGAGGAGAUCUGCACGGACCUUUUGUACCUGUUCCAGCAGGAUCGCGGCUUUGACAAGCGUCUGUUUGAGCGCCAGAUGUCUGUGAUGCGAGGUCAGAUCCUCAAUCUUACCCAAGCCCUAAGGGAUGGCAAGUCGCCCGUACAACUGGUUCAGAUGCCAGCCGUGAUUGUAGAGAGAUCAAGCGGCAGUCGAUUCUUUUCAUUUACGCAGCGCUUCCAAAACAAGAGCCCCUUCUUCUCUUGGUGCUAAGCCAUGGAGGAUUCCCUGCUAACCCCACCAAAAACCAAAUCGUGCAGUCCGGUCCUGCCGCCUCAUCGUCAUCAUGUAUAUGCGCUUCGUUGUUGUCUAGUGUAUUUCCAAAUCGUAAUCAGUUGCUGUCGGCGAGGAGCCAGAAAUGUAUUCUGUUGUAUAUCUUAGUUUUCUUUUGGCCAAAAGACCCAAAUGUCAUAUGCAAUUAUUUAAUUAUUUUAUUUACGUGUUUAUGGAUUAGCUUACACUUACCAUGGUUAUGUAUAUGUAGAAAAUAUCUUUUGUUUGUCAAGUGUUUGUAUAGUCAAUUGUUUACGCAUAAAAUAAGAUGAAAUCGAAAAAAGAUUAUGAAGAGUUCUGUGAGGUCAUUUCCAAAUCAAACGCUCGAGCGGAUUAUUUUCUUUAUUAUUUAAUUAUUAUUCUACAUAACGCAUAUCAGUGAAAUAAUCAAAACUCAUAUACAUUCGUUAGCAUUCGGAAUUACUCAAAUCAAACAUGCCUAUUGUUAUUCGCAUUAACAUAUUUUUAAUGGUUUCCUUACCUUAACUAAAACUUAAUUUAUUUUAUAAUGUACGGAUUUUCCUGCACAACAAACUAGUUGAGUUUAACGAGGAGGGCAGCCAAAUAUUGUGGAAAUAUAAAUAUCAAGCAAACAUACUUA